GUGUGUCCAGCUCACUCCGUCUCAGGGUGCUCAAUCACUCAACCUCAUCUACGCCCACUGUGAAUGUGUACAGAUGGCUGGACUAGCACAGAAUCCUAUAAUACAGUUGACAGGAUUCAAACAUUCUGAAAAAGAAGCCCUUGUCAAACUACUUACUCAGCUAGACUGCAUUUAUUUCCUUGCACAGGAAUAUAAGCAGCAGUGCACUCAUAUGAUAGCAAAUAAACCAAGUCGAAGUGAGAAAUUUUUAGCAGCUUGUGCUGCAGGGAAUUGGGUUUUAACUAAAGAUUACAUCAUUGACAGUGCUAAAAAUGGCAGGUGGCUCGAUGAAAUACAGUACGAGUGGGGAUAUAAGAUUCAAAGUAAUUCACAGUAUGCUGUGCCAAUAGGAUCGGUACCGAAAAUAUGGCGUGAGGAGCUGGCCCGUUCUGGCAUACCCGGAGUGUUUCACAACUGGAAAGUAGUGCUUCUGAUCAAUGAUGAAGCGAGAAGAGCUAUUUUCAAAAGAGUCCUGCAUGCUGGAAAAGCAGUAGUGUAUCAUCGACCAAGAAAUUGUUGUGAAAUUACACAUGUAUUAACAGAAAACAGGAAUUACACAAUGGAGAGGCUGAAAAAUAUAUACAAGGCACCUUACUUUCCUGUAGAGUACAUUGGCCAAUUCAUAUUGGAGCCACUUUGUUUUAAAAUGUCUAAUGAGGAUCUUAAGAUCUCCUAUGUGAAUAUUCUGGACGUUGCACACACAUCCUCAAGUUCUUUCCUGGAUUCAACGUUUGAUGUUGCACAAAUCCUACAGCCGAAUGCUGGUUAUUUCCCGGAAAUGAAAUCUGAGGAGUCUUCUGUCUUUACAUCAAAUAUCCAGAGUGAUGCAUUUAAAUACAGACUUCAGAUGUGCCUCAGUUUACCUGAGGCAAUACGAAGCAAUUAUGUACCCUCAGGUAUAGGAUGCUGUUUGUAUACCUCAACUACGAAUCAUCAUCAGAUACAAGCGAUGAUAUUCCCUGGAGUAACCGUUAAUAGAAUAGAAGGUAUUUUGGAGGGGCAAUUCUAUAUGGAAGCAUUGAAGGAAAUACGCUUCCACUUGUCGUCCAAAUUUUUUCCACCCGCACAUCUUCUUCAGUCUCUUUUGCAACUCAUUCUGGAGGGUACUGUAGACAUCGGUUUUUUACAUGAGUUCAUUAGCAUCAUGCAAACUCUAAUUCUUCAUCAUCCACCAUGGCAACCGUCUUCGAUUGUGAGUUAUUAUAUGGGGAUUCUUCAGUGCUCCAAUUGUAAGAAAGGAAGUUUGUUUCUUUUGGAGUCACUUACAAGAUCCUGUGUUUAUGAUGAAGAACCUUGUCAUCAGCCAUCAAAUCGAGAACUAUCCAUUUCAGAACUGAAGCCAUUUUAUAGAUUGCUAUUAAAGUACUUCUUUGACUUGUUUGAAGCAGAACUAGAGGCUUUAAAUAAAAGCUGUUAUGAAAACGCAAACUAUGGGUGUUCCCGUACCAUACCUCCUUCUGUCCUUGCAAAUUUUUUCUUGGAAUACUCUGAUGUAAUGACAAAUCCUGUUGGUGUUUUGUUGGAUUGUGUUCUUCAAGCAACUAAAGCACUGGUUAAGAAACCAAAUGACAGAGAUUCCUGUGAAACAGCUUACAUUUUGCAUGGCAUAUUAGGAGUAGUUGUGGAAUAUCGGCUUUUGGCAAAUAGGCUACGUGGGAGAUCCUUAUCUGGCAGAGCUUGGGAUGAUUUACAGUUUUACAUUCCUAUAUGUUGUCAAGAUUACAAUCAAGAGGAAAUAGAAAUGUUGUUUAAAUUAAUGCCAUCACCUUGGCUACAAAUGUUCAUGGCACAUGCUAUCUAUAAGCAGAUAUGCUGCAAUAAUGGCAUUGAAAUCUCUGAAAAAUCUUUCUCGCUGCAUCAAAUUAUCUCUUCAUAUUUAAUAGCCCUGGGGAGGCUAGGAAGUUGUAGGAAAGUGGUGGUGAAAGACCCCAAGGGAAAGAAGAUGGGACAGUGGCCUUGGCCUGAACCUUUGAGGCCGUCACUUAAUUUAACUGGUGACGGGCAGAAGCUUGUGGAAGCGCUGACCGUUCUAGCUGAGCAGAAUCUUCCAUUAUUGGCAAGGAGGAAUUCUUCUCUGGAAGUGAAGAACACCAAAAUUGGAUCUAGUAAAAUAAACCUGAAUGGCGCUGCUUUGUUACAACAACAAGACUGUCUGGGAAAAACAUCCUUAAAUUAUAUUGAUUGUCCGAAGGUAAAGGAAGACCUUACUGCCAUCACUGAAGUCAGAUCGGAGGAGAUUGCUGAAAGGCAAUUUGGAAGUUUGAACAAAGACAUCACUGAAAUUGAGCCCAGUGCUUAUCUCUGGUCUAUACUUCUAAAGAACUACAUCGAAAAUCAUAAUUUGCCCUUGAUCUGUCGUGUUAUGAAUGAUUCAUCUUUGACUACUGUUCAAUUUUUAGGUAAGAAUAGGUUUGAGAACCUGGUAAAUUCCUUUCCUGACCAGCUGAUGGUGCAGUAUGCUGAAGAUGUAAAAGCUUAUCGGGAGCUUCCAAAUUACAUCCAGCAAGUGUUUGGCAAUCUGAGGAAUGGAUCUCUGGCACUUGGGGUGCACACGCAGUUGCUCCUGCUGCACAUGGAAUCAACACUUAUUAAUCAAUCCAAAUGGCAAUGAUAAAUUGCUUAUCUUGGCCUGAAGUGAAAAUGCUGCUCAGAAAUGAUUGCAAACUGAAACUCUUAUGAAGUGUUUAACCACGGGGAAAUCUGAAAUUGUUUGUAAUUGUAAUUGAUGCAUUCUGUAUAAUUUGCAGAAUUGUUUGCAGGAAAGACUUGAGAUGGUGUUGCUGCUAAUUGUCCAUGGCAUGACAAAGCUGUGCUGAAUGUUUAAUAUAUGAUAGUUCUUGAUGUCUAUAUUUUUUAAAAUGUGGUUUUGUAAAAAUAACUUUUUUCUUUUGAUUCAAUUACAUGAAUGUUUUCCUUAAAUUUGUCAUAUUUUCAUUUUGUGCAUGCAAUGAGGUGUAACAAUUACUUUACUCCAUCUUUUGCAUAGUUGUAACUCCCUAUACAUUGAUUAAAUUGCUUUGCAUUCAAA